UAGAUUAGUAGGACUUGUGUAUAAAAAGGCAAGUUGGCAAAUUUAUUGGUACAGUAAAAGAAAAGAAACAUCAUGAAAUCCAUCAUAGUCUUUGUGGUCCUAGUGUCCGGUUCUUUGGCCGGUCGUUUGAGCCACGAGAAAAAAGAGAAACUAUUUUCCUAUCACCAAGGCUGCGUAUCAAAAUCAGGCGUGGACAGAAAAAUUAUAACUCAGAUGAAACAGGGAAUGAGAUCAGAAGAUCCCAAAUUCAAGGAAUACCUGCUUUGCCUCUCGCAGAAAUUUGGCUUCCAGAACGAAGCAGGAGAGUUCCAAAGAGAAGUGAUGAGGGAAAAACUCACCCAGUAUGCAAGGAAUGCGUCCACUGUGGAUGCAGUCAUGGAGAAGUGCGUAGUACAAAAAGACUCUCCAGUGGAGUCUGCCUACCAUUAUUCAAUGUGCCACUAUGAUAUUUGUCGGGAUCAUGGACCUUUGUUCUAUGUGAUCAACAUUUCCGAGAAGAAGAAGGCGAUCUUCCACAGCUACCAAAAAGACUGCGCCGCAGAAUCUGGGGUUAACUCCACCAUUUUGGAAAACGCGCAAAAGGAGAUUUUCGAAGACGACCCCCUCUUGAAAAAGUACGCCUUCUGCUACUCCAAAAAAAUGGGCUUCCAAGACGAAAAUGGGAAAAUCGACGAGCAAUCGUUCAGAGGAAAACUGAAGGAACUGGUAGAAAACUACGAUGAACUCGAGAAGCUUGUCAGCACCUGCAAUGUUGAGAAAGAUAAUCCAGAAAAUACUGCUUAUGAGUUCUUCAAGUGUUUUUUGCAAAAUUCCCAUUUCAACGUGUACACUGUUACGAAUUGAUUGGACCGAAUGGAGAAACAGCAACUGGCUAUGAAGAUUUCCAAGUAGUUAUCUAAGAGUUUGAAGCUCAUAUUACAAUACGUACCUAUUAAGAUUGAUAAUUUAUUUAUAUAAGGUAUAUUUAUUUAUUAUUUUUACAUUUUCUCUUCAUGAAUAAAUAUUAUUCAAUUGAAA